AUUGGCUCUUAAUGGUCUACCAGACACUUCCUGCAUCCAGUUGGCAUCUGUAAUAAGGAAUAACCCGUCCCUGAAGAUACUGGACCUGUCUGAUAACCGUCUGUCUGGUCCUCACUUCAGUGACUUGAUGGCGGCUCUGUCCAGUCCGGCCUGCAGGAUAGAGGAAUUACGAUUGGGUUAUAAUGAUCUACCAGACACUUCCUGCAUCCAGUUGGCAUCUGUAAUAAGGAAUAACCAGUCCCUGAAGAUACUGCACCUGUCUUAUAACUUUCUGUCUGGUCCUGACUUCGGUGACUUGAUGGCGGCUCUGUCCGGUCCGGCCUGCAGGAUAGAGACAUUACUAUUGGGUGAUAAUGGUCUACCAGACACUUCCUGCAUCCAGUUGGCAUCUGUAAUAAGGAAUAACCCGUCCCUGAAGACACUGGACCUGUCUCAUAACCGUCUGUCUGGUCCUCACUUCAGAUACUUGAUGGCGGCUCUGUCCAGUCCGGCCUGCAGGAUAGAGACAUUACAAUUGGGUCAUAAUGAUCUACCAGGCACUUCCUGCAUCCAGUUGGCAUCUGGAAUAAGGAAUAACCAGUCCCUGAAGAUACUGGACCUGUCUUAUAACCCUCUGUCUGGUCCUCACUUCGGUGACUUGAUGGCGGCUCUGUCCGGUCCGGCCUGCAGGAUAGAGACAUUACAUCUGAAUGACAUUGGAUUAUCUGAAGAGGAGGAGGAAGCCAUAAGAAAACUGAGCAAGCAGAAACCAAAUAUGAAGAUUUUACUGAACUGAGAAGAAGCCGGAUUCCUCUCUGUGAUGAGCAGAUAACAGGACUUUGGUGGAGAAGACUUCUUCAGAGGUCUGGUAUUAGGAGCGUCUCCUGGUACUUUAUGGGUAAUAUCACUGAUAUACAGAUUAUAAGGAAAUGUCUAAUAUAAUAUACAUGAUACCAGAAAUGUCCUUCUCUAGCUAAUUAUAUGUCCAGUAACUAAAUCCCUUCAUAAUGAGUCCAAAUCCAGGCCUGUGGGAUGUAGCAUCAUCUCCUGAAGGUCAUGUACGUUGUCAGCAAUAUACCGGUUGUCAGACCGUAGGAGGCCGCACAUUGCACACAGUGUAAAUAACAAAUAACACAAACUGUUAUUUCAGUUUCUAUUUUAUCUUUUACUUGAUGCGACUCACGGACAUACCAGUGCUCACAUGAUCUGUCUCCCGAUCACCAGGACCAAUAGAAGUGACAUGGCGGUGUGCGGUAUUUUACUGUACAUACACAGUUCGAGUGCUGUGUAAAAUGACAAAAAGGAGACAAAGGGUAUAAAAUGGUCCUAAAUGGACGCCUCUUGAGAGGAUGCCCAGCUGCCAGCCUACACAUGAACUACAGUAUGGAACCUCUCUAGAUCCACCACCCUCCAUCUGUGUAAUAAGCUCCAUCUGUUUUAUCCUGUAAAAUCCAUACACAGAUCAGACCUACAGCUGUGAGCCACCUUGGAGGUCAUCUUGGUAAUGUUCUUGUAACCAGCUCCAAGACAGAACUGAGUGAUGGCCACCUUAAAUGUAAUGUCUUGGAAUGUGAGGGGACUAGGUGGUACUAGGAAACGGAUAGCAGUCUUUUCUCAUGUCCGCAAGUACUAUCCCCAUAUCCUUGGCCUGUAAGGAGACCCAUCUCACCCCAGAAACAGCAGGGAGACUUAAGAAACCGUGGGUGCAAUGGUCGGAACAUGCAUUCGGGAGCUCUUAUUCUAGAGGUGUAUCCCUGCUGAAACACCGCGCUAUUCGUUGGGAGGAGCGGCAGACAGUAGUCGACCCUGAAGGGAAAUACUUCUUUGUCUAUACAUUAACUGCACCCCAUAUAUAGUGUUGAAUAUGUAUAAACUGCCUCCAGGGGCGGAUUAAGUGCAUCAUAGGCCCCAGGCUGUUUCCCAAACUUGGGCCCCUUUCCUCUAUUUAUCAAUGGCCCUGCCCAGGCCAGUGAUACUAGUCGUGACGUCACUGGGCCUGCGGUAAAAUGCGAGAAGGCCGCCGCACCGCUGCCUUCUCAAACAGCUGAUUGGCAGGGGUCCGGGUGUGUCAGACCACCGCCAAUCAGAUGCUGAUGAUCUAUCCAGAGGAAAAAUUACCCAAGGGCCAUUGAAAAGGGUUUUGGUGGAAACCCUUCUGUCCUGUGUGGGGGCCGGGUUUGGCCCUUGCUUUGGGGCCCUUACUUCUCUCUGUACUCCACUGCUCAAGUCCCACGGAGAACAAUAGAUUGGAGUGGCUGCAGAUAGGGAGGCAAUAUCUAAUACAUCUUAGGGAGAAAAGUGAUCGUAAGCUCUUUUUCCUCAAACAUCGUUUGAGUUGGGCAGCCAGUCUGGUAAAAUGUUGGCUCAUGCAGUACACAAUAACACAGCAGCUCCAUCAGUGCUACGUAUACAUAAUGCGGAGGGUGAGAUGGUGGAAGAUGCAGAGGGUAUACUGGCUAGAUUCCAGGAAUUUUAUCAUGAGUUGUAUAGCUCAGUGAUACAGUACACCCACUCUGAUUUGACUAGCUAUCUGCAAGAUGUUAAGUACCUAAAAUUGGAGGAACAAGAUGGAGAACGCGGAGAUCACCCUAGAGGAAGUAGAAGAUGCUAUAAGGAGAUUCGCCUCGGGAAAGUCACCUGGCCCUGAUGGCCUUCCACUAGAGGUGUACUCCAAGUACAUUGAUAUCCUUGGACCACAAUUGCACAAAAUGUAUGGGGCAGCACAACGGGAGGGAUGCCUUCCGGAGACGCUAUAUGAUGCCUCAAUAGUAGUGCUGCUGAAACCGGAUAAAAGCCCACGGGAAUGCGGCUCUUAUAGGCCAAUUUCAAUAUUGUUAUCCUAUAUAAUAAAAUCUCUGUGUGCGUGUCCGUGCGUGUGUGCCAAUUUGUGAAGUGCACAUGCGCGGCGCGCUGGCCAAUCGGCACGCACGGACACCGCCUGCAGCGCCCAUACAUGUGAGUCCGGCGGCAGUCUCUGUGAGUGGAGGUGAGAGGCCACAUCCAUCCCUAUGUGCCGUCCUCUGUCAUCCUGAGCUGCAGGCAGCUGACGAGGGGAAACUUCCCUGCCCCUUCCUCCCCCUAUUACUCUGACUACAUCUGUACACUCAUUAGAGAGAGCUAGGGAGGGGGCUACAGGGAAUAUAUUAUAGAGAUGGAGGGGGAUACAGGAGGAAAUACUUUGUACUGUAUACAUAUUACACUCCAACCCCCAUCAUUACACUACAGCCCUGAUUGGAGUGUAAUAUGUGUAUAAUGAUGGGGGUUGGAGUGUAUAAUGAUGGGGGUAUAAUAAUGCUGAGGGGUCCCUGUGUCGCACAUGCCCACUAUAACAAACGGCACACAGACGCAGGGCACAGGGAUUUUAUGUGAUGGGGGCUGGAGUGUAAUCCUACAUAAUAAAAUCCCUGUGUGAGUGCCCUGUGUCCGUGUGUGUGCCGUUUGUUAUACUGGGCAUGCGUGGCGCAGGGACCUAUCAGCACACACCGCCCACACCUGUGCGCCGGCCCGCUGCUGUGCCCAGCUCCGCCGUGACUCCUCCUCCCCCUCCAGCUUCCUCUGCGGCCGCCUCACACCCCAGGAUCCUUAUCAUUAUACACAUACUAUAUUCCAACCCCCAUCAUUAUACGCAUAUUACACUCCAACCCCCAUCAUUACACACAGAUUACACUCCAAUCCCCAUAAUUACACUCCAAUGAGGGCUGUAGUGUAAUGAUGGGGGUUGGAGUGUAAUACAUGUGUAAUGCUCUCUGCCUGUGAUACCUUCCCUCACUUGCUACUGUGCGGCCAUUUCCUGACUUUGGUGGACGGGGUUAGGGCGAAAUAGGAGCGAGGAGGAUGCGGCCGCUGCGGGGACUAACAUGUGCCCACUGUGCUGACAGAUCCCCGGGGGCCAGAAUCGGAGGUCCCCAGUGCUCCCAGCUUUGUCCUCUCAAGCUCUUUGGGAGUUCUAUGAACACCAGGAUGCGAUGCUGUAGCAGGUACGGGCCCUCAUGCCGUUAUGGACAACCACCUGGCCAACAGUAUUUUACAACCUCCCGGUAGUAGAUUCCUUUAAAUAUCUAGGAAUAAUUAUCACUGAAGACCCGCUUCUAUCCUUCCCUGAGAAUAUAGAAAACUCUUCCCCUAUCUAUAAUAGGCAGACUCAAUCUAAUUAAAAUGAUUUUGCUCCCCCAAGGGUCUCUAUCUACUGGAACAUGCUUGUACGCCCAUCCCGCGCAGCUUUUUCGAUCGGCUGCACUGAUGGAUGACGGCCUUUGUAUGGGGGUCAGCUAGACGUAUCCUUGCUUUACACACCUUACAGAGCAUUACCAGAUUUCUUCCUAUACUUCCUGUCUGACCAGGUGAGAUUUCUUGCAUCACGGGUGGCAGCCACUACGCUACCUAAUGCAGAAUAUUAUCUGCAGCAAUACCUGCAGUUAUCCACACUAUGGCCGGUGCUGGAGAGCAUUCACUUGUUUGCUGGACGUGCCCUCCCCAUACAUAGGCUGGCACAUCAGGAACGCAGCGAAGCUUCACCAGUACAAGGAUUUAGCGGAUGCCAUUCCAUUAUGGGACAACCCAAUGUUUCUUCACUUGCAAAACCACAAGGGAGCGGGAAUUUGGAAGGAGUAUAGAAUGCUCACACUAAAAGAUUUGUAUGAAAAUGGGAUCCUAUGUUCAUUCACACAAAUACAGGGAGAUUCUGGACUCCCGCGCAUUCAAUUCUAUAGAUAUCUACAGGUGCGCCACGCUCUUCACGCACAGUUUCGAGAUGAUAGGGGGUACUUAGAAAUAGCCCGGCUGAUAGGAGUUCUCACCAGACAAGGACCAAAGGGUAUUAUAUCUAUUCUAUAUACCUAUUUAUUGAGCAACCGCAGGGCUUUAAAUCAGCCGAAGGUUGAAUGUAAAUGGAGGGAAAAUGUCUCUCUUUUACCUGCGGAGGAAUGGCAGGAAGCAUUAGAAUCACCGCUAUACUGUAUGUCUCACCCUCUGCCAACAGCAGCUAAUACAAUGAUUUAUUCUACAUAGAUGUUACCCCCACUAGACUAUACAAGAUGGGUAAACUAUCGCACACUUGGGGCCACAGCUGCGCACAGACUAAUGACUUCUGGCCUAUGUUCUGGGACUGUAACUACAUCAAGUCCUAUUGGCAGGAGGUCACUAAUAUGCGAUCUGCUGUGCUUUCUAGUCCGGCUCCCCAUGACCCUAAAGCAUGUUUGCUAGGAAUUCUGGAGGAAGAUAUAUGGACCAUAAUAGAAUAUUUUUAAGAGAGACAUUGUUCCUGGCAAGGAAAGCCAUUGCAAUUAGAUGGAUGGCAGACCGGCCACCCGCUGUGAAUCCGGGGAGAUCUCUGGGUAACCAAAUUGUCCCCUAUCAAAAUGUGCUGUUCAAAAACAGGGGGGGGGGGGGUGCCCGCAGUAGUUUUGGAAGGGGUGGGGAGCGUGGGGCACAUCAUUCUUGACAGUUUUCCAAUCCUGACAUAUGCAAUCUGUCAUGAUGAGCCUACAAUAAUGUAUAACACCCUGUAUGCACAGUGGUUAAUGGACUUGAUUAAGGCUUCAUUCCCUGUAAACGACAUGGAAACAUUUGCCGUCUCUGAUGGAUGUAACAUUGCUUUACCUUAUGUCUUUAUUCUCCAAUAAAAUGAGUUAAAAAAUGAAAAAGUCGUUGUAUUGAAACCUGUAGCCGGUCUCAGGUCGGAGUCCAGUCACGUGAGAUUUUCUAUGGGACCAGGGUUUUCACCGUCAGCUUUGAUAUCACUUGCACCUGGGGGUGCUAACUUUUUAAAAGCCCAAGGAGGGACAAUAGUAGUGGCCAAUAGCCUGUUGUGGCAAACCUUUCAACACUAAGCAACACCUGACUCCGCCUAGAGGUGCCACGUGCCCGGUAUUGCACCGGCCAAGCCGGUAUUUUGUUCUCCACACUGGUACCGGUUCUGUUCUUCUGGCCUGCACUAUCUGACCAGAUCACACAGCGGCCGCCUGUCCCAGCCGCAUUGGGAAAGCUAUUUAUUUGCAUAUGUGUCCAGGAAUGCAGGCUGAGAGCUUCCACCGCCCGGCAGUAAGGAGGCCUCUGAUUGGUGAGAGCAGGCGCCACUCACAAGUGCUGGGCUGUUCCUGUGACCAGGUGCUGUGAGAACAUGAUGGGGGGAGUAAUCCCUGAACACAGCGGGGGGCAGCAUACACAGCAUAUACUGUAUAUCAGCUUCCCCGGCCUCCUUGCACUGCCUGUAGUGGGCGCUUACCGCUCCCGGCGGCUGGUUCAUUAGUCAGUGCACCGAGAGUGCAGGGGGAAAGCUCACUGACUGCGCCGGCCACGCUGGUCCGUGAGCUUAUACAUAGUGUACAAGUCCAUCAUAUUUUAUAAAAAGGGGGAAUGUAUAUUGACUUGAUAAACACAUGAGGCUCCAGUCUCCACCCGGAUGUGAGGGGGCAGGGCAGGCAGAGGCCGCAGCUCCCCCACCGCCCGUCUCUCCGAUGCUGAUAGAAGAUGGAUGUCAGAAAGCGAUGCUAAGGGACAUUUCAGACCCACUUUUUUUUACCACAAAUAAACGUUUCCCUAAAUAAAGUAUAUUAGAAAAAUCUUCCCUGUCACUGUCCCUACACAUUAGGAAAGAAAAAACUAAGCGGCAGUUACUGUAUAAAGUCCCCUCCAAAGAUAACUUGUCAACCUGUAAGAAGGAAAGGGUUAAUUCUCAUGAAGAGACUUUUAUGGUCCUGAUUUGUCUGGGGUCCAGAGAUGUUAAUGAGUCUCAACUCUUGUCCCUAAGAUUAAACAUCCCCCCAUUUCUAACUUGAUUAUACUUCGGCAUUUGAACAGUGCGGUAAAAAGAACCGCCACUCCGCUAUACGGCUCGGCCGCAAGAGACCAGUAGGAGGGCACUCGUCGCCAUUCCCUCCUGGCUUUUUUAACGACUUCUGCCAAAAGUCUAGUCUCCUGCAAAAACAAAAUAUCACACAUGAUAGGGUUAGAUACAGACGGUCACUAAUGUCAUCCAGCGUCUCACAAGGAAGAGGCGUGGCUACUGCAUACUGAAUGGUGUGAAGGGCGGGGCCAGCCCUGUGACACAUCACACUGCAAAGCAUGCUGGGACAGGAAGUGCUGGAUGUAAACAUCCUGUAAAGGCCCAGACAGGGGGAAGAAAAGCACCGACAUGAAAAACAGGUAUCGGGGCAGAAAUCUGCAGUGGAAGGAGCAAAUUUUAAAAAAUUGUUUUGGGACCUGAGAACCUUAUUAACCCAUUCUGCUGCGGAUCACUAAUGCUGGGUUCUCAGAGCUGGAGCUCAGCUGUACGCGGA